AUGCUGAUCAUACCCAUCAAGCCCUACUUGCCCUCGCACCAGGUCAACACCAUCCAUCAGCUCCUGACCCUCAAUGAGCUUCACCACCAUUUCAGCCACACCAGGGAGAAGCAACUUCAUGCCACCCUCAAGGCCCUCAACAUCAAAGCUGCAGACUCCCCACUCCAUGCCUGCCUCAUCUGCAAGAAGGGCAAGCAGACCCACAAGCCAAUCCAGUAUGCUGUGAUCUACCUGCUGCCCAAUAAAAGCAAGGUGCUCACCUCGUUUAAGCAUUAUCUCACCACCACGCCUGACAGGAAGAGGUGCUGGAAGCUGUGA